AUAUAAACCUCCUUUACAAUGCAGACUGUCAAUUUAAUAGCCUCAUCAUCCUCUGAAGAAUCACACCCGGACCACAAAACGACUGCAACAUGUCAUCACGACCAAUCAGAAUCACCUCUGCAGAGCAAACUAUCACCUUCAGUGUUGGGGGUCAUGACCCCAGAAAAUCCAGCACAGUUCUGGACCUGGUGAGCGGCUGCCAUGACCAGACCUCCUAUACCGAUGCUGACCGUCCUUCAUCCAAACCCUGGGAUGCAGGACAACUUCCCAAAGUCCAUUUGCCCACAAAGACCAGCGAGGACAGACGUGGAGAAAUGUCUUCACGGUUCAUUAGCUUACUGAGGAUUCCUCUCCUCUUGCUCUUGCUCUAUGGGUUUGUGUGCUCACUGGACAUCCUAAGCUCUGCUUUCCAACUGGCUGGAGGUAAAGUGGCUGGAGACAUUUUCCAGGACAAUGUCAUCCUGUCCAACCCUGUAGCAGGACUCAUGGUGGGGAUUCUGGUCACGGUUCUGGUCCAGAGCUCCAGUACUUCCACAUCCAUUAUAGUCAGCUUGGUCUCAUCUGGAUUGCUUGAAGUGAAAUCUGCUGUCCCCAUCAUCAUGGGCUCCAACAUCGGCACGUCUGUCACCAACACCAUCGUCGCCCUGAUGCAAGCAGGAGAGAGGAAUGAGUUUAAACGGGCGUUUGCUGGGGCGACGAUCCAUGACUGUUUUAACUGGCUGUCGGUGCUGGUUUUGCUGCCGGUGGAGGUGGCGUCUGGUCUGGUGAGUUACCUGGCCAAAGUCACUGUCGGCAGCUUUCAGCUGCACAGCGGACAAGAAGCACCCGAACUACUGAAGACGAUCACUGAGCCCUUCACCAGACUCAUCAUACAGCUGGAUAAAUCAGUGAUAACGGGCAUCGCUCUGGGCGACGAGUCCAUGAGGAAUCACAGCCUCGUGAAAGUCUGGUGCAAGUCCAGCAGCUUUGUGUCCUCAGUGAACGUGACAGCAGCUGCCGCCCAGAACUGCUCCACUGAACUGCAUUGUGGGAAGGAUAGUGAUCUCACCUGGAUCACACAGAACAUCAGCUCACAGAUCAACACAGAGAAAUGCCGGCAUCUGUUUGUGGACUCGGGUUUGUCAGACCUGGCGGUGGGGCUCAUUCUGUUAGCCAGCUCUCUGAUGGUGCUGUGCACCUGCCUGCUGCUCAUCGUCAAAGUGCUGAACUCUGUCCUCAAAGGUCAAGUUGCAAAGGUCAUCGAAGGGGUCAUCAACACGGAUUUCCCGUACCCUCUCGGCUGGCUGUCGGGAUAUCUGGCCAUGCUGAUGGGAGCAGGAAUGACCUUUAUCAUCCAGAGCAGCUCUGUUUUCACCUCGGCUAUGACUCCACUCAUAGGGAUUGGCGUGAUCAGUCUCAAUAGAGCGUAUCCUUUGACCUUGGGCUCCAACAUUGGCACUACCACCACGGCCAUCCUCGCAGCUCUCGCCAGCCCCAGAGAGAAGCUUCCUGCUGCAUGCCAGAUUGCCUUGUGCCAUUUUUACUUCAAUAUUUUUGGGAUUUUACUGUGGUACCCGGUCCCGUUCACGCGUCUGCCCAUCCGUAUGGCGUCUGCGCUGGGUGAACGCACUGCCAAGUACCGCUGGUUUGCUGUGCUUUACCUUCUGGUGUGUUUUCUGCUGCUGCCUUGCCUCGUGUUCGGCAUCUCUCUGGCCGGAUGGCAGGCCAUGGUCGGCAUGGGUGCGCCGUUCGCUGCACUUACCAUCUUCGUCCUCCUGGUCAACCUGAUGCAGUCCCACAGCCCCACGCACCUCCCGAAGACCCUGCGCAGCUGGGACUUUCUCCCGCAGUGGAUGCACUCUCUCAAACCGCUCGACAAGCUCAUUACCAAAACAACGGCGCUGUGCUGCAGCCCGGCUCGACUUAAUGACCCAGAUGUGGUUGUAGUGACUCCAGACACAACAAACAUCAAGCCAGAGUCAAAGAAACAAAGCCAACAGUGGUAUGACAACCCUGCCCUGUCCUUACCUGAGGAGAUUUCCUCAGAGCCAAGAGUGUUUAGACUUAAAGGGCUAGAAAGAUGCAACAGCACGCCAUUGUAGAUGUGUAGUCUUUCCAAAAUAAACCAUCAUGGUCUAAAUGGCCAGUCGCAGAUUUAUUCUCUAGUCCAAAACCUAGUGAGCUGCUUAUGUAGACAGCAUUUUAAGACGGCAUAUGCAUGAAUGCACCACCUAAGAUAUUGUUUUGCCCAAAUUCUAAGAUAGAAUCUCAUAAUGCACUGCAACAAGCUCAAAUCUAUCCAAGAUGGCAGCCAAAUGUAAUUAAAAAUGGACCACUA